AUGGCCUUCCGCCGCCGCGGUAGCGGCGACUCGAACUUCAGCCACCAUGGCUCGGAGAUGGACCUCGAGGAGUCCAAUCGGGAGACGAUGCGGAGGGAUGCCGAACGGCAGGCCGCACUGCAGCUCGAGAGGGCAAAGUAUAAACCGGUCGCGUUUGCCGUGUCGACAAACGUCGAGUACGACGGCUCCCUUGAUGACGAUAGUCCGGUACAUGGGUGCGCCGUCAGCUUCAAGGUCAAGGACUUCUUGCAUAUCAAGGAGAAAUACAACAAUGAUUGGUGGAUCGGCCGUCUCGUCAAGGAGGGUCACGAUCUCGGCUUCAUCCCCUCGCCCGUCAAGCUGGAGAGCUUAAGGCAACAGCAUAAUACAAAGGGCACAAAAUUUAAACAAUCGACAUCUACGUCCAAUCUCGGAAAUCUCGAUCAAAUGAUGCCGAGAAGCGGAAGUAGAGGCAGCACACCGCCGACGCCUGGAGACGAUGAAGAUCACACUCACAAAAAGUUGAAAGACAUCGUCACCACGCCCCCGACGAAGGAGAAGAAGAAGCUGAUUUUUAAGAAGCAAGAAAACGUGCCGCCGUACGAUGUCGUACCCUCAAUGCGACCCGUCGUCUUGGUUGGCCCGUCAUUAAAGGGGUACGAGGUGACGGACAUGAUGCAAAAGGCUGUUUUUGACUACUUGAAGCAUCGAUUCGAGGGCAGAAUAAUCAUAACCCGGGUGACCUCGGACAUCUCGUUGGCCAAGCGGUCGCUGCUCAACGACCCUCGGAAACGGGCGAUUAUGGAGCGGGCGAACAGUCGGACGAGCAACAGCCUAGCGGAGAUUCAAACGGAAAUCGAGCGAAUCUUCGAGCUGGCCCGAUCGAUGCAGCUGGUUGUAUUAGACUGCGACACGAUCAACCACCCAUCACAGCUCGCCAAAACCUCCCUCGCCCCAAUUCAUGUGUACAUAAAAAUUAGUUCUCCAAAGGUCCUGCAACGAUUGAUAAAGUCCCGCGGCAAAUCCCAAAGCCGAAAUAUGAAUGUACAGAUGGUGGCCGCGGAGAAAUUGGCACAGUGCCCACCAGAGAUGUUCGACGUGUUGUUGGACGAGAAUCAGCUAGAGGAUGCCUGCGAACACUUGGCCGACUAUAUGGAGUCCUAUUGGCGAGCCACCCAUCCGCCCGUCCGAUCCCCGCCGAGAAUAAAGCGGAAUCCGAUGGAGAACCGGGGUCCCAGCACGCUGUUCACCCCCGCGCAAAUGAUGCAGGGCACGACGCAUAUGGGGGGAUUUGGAAUGGGAAUGCAGUCACAUCCAUCUGCCACGUCAAUGGUCGGGAUGAACGGCAGCUCGCCCUACCUCCAGCCACCGCAACACGCGCAGCAAAGUGUGCCCAAGCCCGUGCAGCAGCCCAUGGGAAUGUACCAACAACCCCCACAAAUGAUGGGCGGCCCGCCGAUGGGGAUGUAUCAACCGAUGCCCGCUGGGACACCACAGCAUAUGAUGCAGCAGCCGAGAUUCACGCAAGUCCCCCAGCAGCCUGAUCGCCACGGCUACGACGAGUACGACGACGUGGACAUGCAGAGGGGAUACGCACCGUACGGAGGAGCACGUUAU